UCAGACAUGUAGCAGUAUACUUAUACUGUAUACGUAUACUAUUGAUGAGUAAACGUGGUACACUGUACAUAGUCGUUCACGUUAAGUGAAUUACAAUCAGUUAUGGAUUUAAAAGGAUAGGGGGUACCAGGUGCUCGAGUCCCCCUUCCGUUGGCAACCGGAAACAGCUGUAUUUCAGUGGUUCCAAGCUAUCUUCUCAUCCUUAAAAUAUUUUACGAUUAUCAAUUCAUUUUUAUUCGAGAUCUCUACUCUAAUUUCAUUACCGUUUAAUCUGCAAAUUGCGGGCGCCUGUGAGAAAAGUAAUCACGAAACGAUCACUGUCCAACUCGGUAAUAGGGUCUUACCGUGGUUAGGCGGUCACGCAAUGUCGUUGGUAACCGUGAGUAGCAUUGACCAUUGUCGUCAUGGUGAUUGCUAUGAAUUCUACAAACAUAGCCACAUUGAUGUGUCAAAGGGUGAAUGAAAAAACUGUUCGAGUGGAGCUUCCUUCCUGAUGUGCAAAGAUGUGAAUGAGUUGCCGUCCGUGAACACCGUCUCCGUCUGAAAAUUUUCGUACGUCUUCAAUCGCGCGGGUCACCGUAAGCUUCCGAUUCGUGAAGCUCGACUGUGCUCAAGGUCUCGUCACGAUGUCUGGGAAAAACACCAACGAAAAGGUCCUCGAGCUCGACACGCACGUCACCAGAAAUUAUGACAUCGUUCGACGACUCGGAAAGGGGGCGUACGGGAUCGUAUGGAAGGCGAUAGAUAAGAAAAACCGGGAAACGGUGGCGGUGAAGAAGAUAUUCGACGCUUUCCGGAACCAGACCGACGCGCAGCGCACGUUCCGUGAGAUAAUGUUCCUGCAAUCAUUCGCCAAUCACGAGAACAUCGUACGACUGCUAGGUCUUCACAAGGCGAACAACGACCGGGACAUUUAUCUCGUGUUCGAGUACAUGGAAACCGAUCUCCACAACGUCAUUAAGAAGGGCAACAUCCUGCAGGACAUCCAUAAAGUCUACAUUAUGUAUCAGCUGUUUAAGGCGAUCAAAUACAUUCACUCGGGGAACGUGAUACACAGGGACCUCAAGCCGUCGAACGUUCUACUGAACGCCAAAUGUCAUUGUAAAAUCGCCGACUUCGGACUGGCGAGAUCGGUUACCCAGAUCGGCGAGGGCGAUGGCGAAACUGCCAGCGAUCCUACCCUCACGGAUUACGUCGCCACUCGCUGGUAUCGCGCCCCAGAAAUACUCGUUGCUUCAAAGAGGUACACGAAGGGCAUAGAUAUGUGGUCGUUGGGAUGCAUCCUCGGGGAGAUGCUACUUGGAAAACCAUUGUUUCCCGGUUCCUCGACGAUAAACCAGGUCGAAAGAAUAAUGGCCACACUCCCGUCACCUACCAAAGAAGAUCUGAUUUCGGUCAGCGCUGGAUACGGAACUAAUCUAUUGGAGAAGACACCGAGUGGACCAAGGCGUUCUUUGAAGGAUAUACUACCUGGGGUGUCGAAGGAGGCCUUGGGCCUUAUCAGUAAUCUAAUACUCUUCAACCCCAAUCAUAGAUUAACGGCUGUGGAGGCUCUGGAGCACCCCUACGUGGCCGACUUUCAUCAAAGAAGCAACGAACCAGAGCGAGGAUCGAGCGUGGUGCCGUUGCUCAGCGACGAUGUGCAGCUCUCCGUCGACGAGUACAGAAAUAAAUUAUAUUCGAUGAUGGACGAAAAGCGUCGAAAGCAUAAAACUAUGUCCAAGUCAAGGAUCAGGCGACUUUCGGAGCACAUCAGGAAGGAAACCAACAGCCCUGUCAUUGGCCAGGGCGACGCGGUUGUUGGCAAAAAUCUCGCUCACUCUUACCAAGAUUUACGGAAAGAGAGAGGCAAAAGCGACGCGUACGAACCCUCGUGUUUAGAGGGUACUGCUGUUAUCAAAUCGCGAGGCCAGCUGCAGAGUAGAAAAACGUUGCGGCAGCCGCAAAUCGACAGCGGUGAAAGGAUUACGAAGACGAGGACGAUAAGUACGUCUAUGGAGCCGCAAACGCAGAACAUCGUCAGAAAUCUUCGACCAUCUGCCAAGAACGUGGCGACCCAGUACACGUACAAUUUAAUCAACAACAACGCCAGUAAUUUCACACCGAGUACAACGAAAAGCUGUCUGCACAUCAACCAGCAACAACUGUCCAAAUCUCAGCGUUCCAUACAGUCGGACCAAGCGGUGUGCGCACCAGGAGGCAGAUCCUGUCAAUUAAGCCAACUGGGUCGAACAAAAACGCGAAGGAACUGCAAGCAGGUCCGUGGAUCCGCAGAAUGCUCAUCAGACACCAACUGGCGCGAGGAGGACCGAAGGAAGAGCUUCUUCUACGACAGUCCCAACAGCCUUCAGACGAAGUACUUGGCGAGAACCUCUGACAACAGCAUAGGCUACGAUCUCAGGAGCCAGGCUAUUCGAAACUACUUAAAUCAGACGUUGCCUCCACGUGUCGAUGAACAAUCGGUGCUGGCGUGCCGAACAGGGAGCAGCCUGGAUCAUCGACUGAUUUUAAGGAAUAACGCUGGAGACGCGAACAAGGUGCAGGUGUCGUCCUCGUUAAAAGGACCCAAUUAUCCUUUAAUAGGCAGCAACAGGCUCAAGAACGGAGCUCUCAAUGGCGGUCAUAGGGUGGAAUCGAAGCACGUCGUCGAGGGCAACGCUAUCGUUGAGAAGAAAUCGACGUCAGCGAUACGUGACUCGCGUUUCCUCGAUAGCUACGCGCAAAGCCACGGUGUGAUAACAGCCUCCGCGUAUAAAGACUUACGUAACGGGACUAUACGGUGGUAAAAUAUCGCCGAAUCGAGCUUUCGAGGGAAAGGAACGCCGACAGCCACGAUUUACGACGACGAAAGGACGCGGACGAAUAUUUUUUUAAAUCUUCGUAGAUAAGGACGAUACUUUGGUUACUUUGAAUGCAUUGGUUUGGAGCGAUACGAGGAUUUUAAUUUCUGGAGACUUCGACAGCAGGAAAUUGGAGGUUUAGGAAAAUUGAAGAUGGGGGAGAAAGUGGAAGCAGCGACUCUGUAGCAGACCCCAUUGUCCAUUUGAAAUUAUCUUACGUAAUUUCCAAGCCUCAAGCAAAGAACUUUCUGUUUUAAUCGUGAGAAUCAGUUGAUCACAGCAAUCGACCGAUAAUCAUUACUAUUCAUAAUUGAGUACACAUGCACUCUCAAAAUUAAACUGCAACGUGUGGUCGCCUUCACUCUGUUCCCCAUCUUGAAUUUCAAUAAAUUCAAACGUACUUCCCGCAUUGCUCCAGGGUCGACAAAACUCCCAUCGACUUUCUUGUUCAUAGAUAAGACUGGUCAGGGUCGACCCCUCGAACGUCACUUAAAUCGUCAUAAAACGUUCGACGUCGGUGUUGUGCAAACAAGGAUCGAUCGGUCGUCUUUUCACCGCGCUAGGUGAAUACUCUUGUGUUCUUCAACGAAAUCGAAGGUGAAUUUUGUCGGUGAACCGUGACGUUUUCUUUUUUUUUUUUCUCUCGAAAGCCACGGGCGUCGAUAGUAGGCAAAUGUUCCUAAAUAAAUUUUUUGCGACAAGUAAACGAUAUCGCGCGAUCAAUACCUCGAAUUCCACGCUAGUGGAAACUGCCUUGAGCGAUAGGAAACAAUAAAUGAUUUCGAAGAAGGUACUUUAAGCUCCUAGUUAAGAAGAGUCUUGCUAGUCUCACGGUCUUUUUAUAACCUUAGGAUAGGAAUCGAUGAAAACGGAAAAUGAAAAGAACGAAUAAAAAAAAAAAAAACCUUCGUUGAACCGACUUCAUGUAUUCGUCGUUUGUCCUCGGAAUGUUACGUCGACGUUAAACUUCAUUGAAACUGAAAUUAAUUGUUGAGAGGUUCGAUAAUUGUAGUGGUUGGUCGAAGAACACGGGAAACUGUGACAACCUGUGGCGGAUCUAGACUUAUAGGGGCUUUAGAAGUUAAUUGCUUUGGGACAAUCCUCUUUUAAAACGUUUCGUGAAAAUAUAUAUAUAUAUAUACUGCCUCCUAUUAUUAUCUGCGAGGACUGCUUCGAAAGCUAGAAAAUCGAAGGAUAUGUUAAAAAUAUAAAAAUCUAAACAGUGGAAAACCGUGCAUACACAACCUUUUACUAGGAAAAAUUCUCAACAAAUAUGUUGGAAAUACGUUGGUUUAAUUAGUAUCAUGGUGGAUCCGUUACUGGUACUAGGAAACAAGUGAAUGAUUCAUGUUAACGUGAAGCCAAAUUUUAUUCGCGCGCAACGAUUUCAUUUUCGAUUAUGCGAAAAAUCUUCGACGACGACGCGACGUAGCUUGUAAAAUUCUUUGUAAUAUAUCUUUUUUGUGAUACUUUUACCCGGCUAUGUGAUAACGUCUAAUUCUUAUGUAUUACCUGUCGUGGAAUAAAUUUUUACCAAAGGACGCGUUUAUUCCCUGGCUCUACGUGUCCUGAUCAAAAGCGUCGCGAUGAGAUAGCCUCCUAUCGCGACGCUAGCGGUUGCACCCUCUGCGCGUUGGAAA